UGCAGGGGUAUUUGCUGGUGUAAUUGCUGGGACGGGUGUGAUUCUGGGUCAGUGGUGCUGGGGAGAGCACAGCAGUUCAGGCAGAGUCCAAAGUGCAGCGAAAUCGACGUAGCGGGCAAAAGCCCAGCACCACUGAUCCAGGAUCUGGUCUGCAGUCAUUGUUUUUAUGCAGCAGGAAAUGACCGCCUGUUUACGGUCGCCCUUCCGCACUCUCUCUCAGAGUGCCAGGGUUGUGUAAGGUUUAGCAAUGAGCGCAGUUGCUGUCAGCCCCGGCCGUGUGCGGCGGUACUUGCUGUUGUUCUCCGUGCUCUGUGCUCCGCUCACUGCCCUCACUCUUAACCAGAGGCCGCUGGUGGGUGUUCUGGCUCAGAAAACAUAUGGUUUUUUUGAGAGAUUUGGUGACAGCUACAUUGCAGCAUCAUACGUUAAGUAUCUGGAAUCCGCCGGAGCUCAAGUUGUGCCCAUUGGCAUUAACUUAACCGAAGAUCAGUACCGGAAGCUAUUUUAUUCCAUAAAUGGGCUGCUUCUCCCCGGAGGUGGAGUAAACCUUGUUCACUCGCCGUACGCCAACAAUGCAGCAUUCUUUUAUAAACUCGCACUUCAGGCCAAUGAUAAUGGGACUUACUUCCCGGUGUGGGGAACCUGUCUUGGAUUUGAAGAGCUGACCGUCCUUACAAGUGGAAAGAAGCUUCUCAUUGCUACAAACACGUCAAAUGUUCCUCUUCCUUUGAAUUUCACCAAAGAUGCUAGUGACAGUCGGAUGUUUAAGAAAUUUCCAGUGGAUCUAAUGAAGGCAUUGGCUGUAGAACCUUUAUCUGCAAACUUCCACUAUAAAAGCCUCUCUGUGAAGAAUUUUAGAAGCAAUGCAAAACUAAGAAACUUUUACAAAAUCUUGUCAACUAAUAUGGACAGCCAGGGCAUCGAAUUUGUAUCCACGAUGGAAGGAAAAAAAUACCCUAUCUAUGGAGUUCAGUGGCACCCUGAGAAAAAUCCUUUUGAGUGGAGUAGGAAGAAGAACAUCCCACAUAGUCCUCAUGCUGUUAAGGCUGCAUGGUACAUGGCGAACUUUUUUGUUAAUGAAGCUCGCAAGAAUUGGCAUCAUUUUUCUGAUGAAGUGGAAGAAGAGAAUGCUUUGAUUUAUAACUAUGUACCAGUUUACACAGGGAACGUUUCUGGCUUCCAGCAAAUUUAUAUAAUCAACAGCACCCGCUUCAGUUAGAGUUUGGCUCUGGCAAACCAAAUGGAGAAUUUUGUCUUUGUUUUAAUUUUAGUGCUCAAUGCAUAUGAUUAUUCAAUCAUUUAGAAAUUAAAAAUUACCGGUUAAAUAUGGAUUUGAUUUGACAGGUAGACUUCUGAUAUUCAAGCAAUUCUGGUAAUUAGAGCUGUCACUGCAAAGCUGGUUGCUAUGUAGCUGGUGACACUGUCAGGACAGACUUAUUGGGUUUUUGAGACCCAUUUGAUAGUGAGCCUUCCUGUCACUGGUUUAGUAAUGCAGAACCCAGGCCAGUGUUCUGGGGACCCAGGUACAAAUCCCAGCACGGCCAACGGUAAAAUGUGAAUUCAGUAAAAGUCAAGAAUAAAGAGAGCUGGUUUAAUGGCAACCGUGUUGCUGUUGAUUAUCAUUUAAAAAAAAUCUAGUUCACUAAUGUCCUUUAGGGAGGGAAAUCUGCCAUCCUUAACGUUGAAUCCAGACCCACAGCAAUGUUAUUGACUCUUAACUGCCCCAUGGGCAAUUAGGGAUGGUCAAUAAACGCUGCCUAGCCAGUGAUGCCUUUGUCCUGUGAAUGAACAUGUAAAACAAGAUGCCUCUGAUUGAACUUCAGAAAGGGGAUUCAUCAUCUCUAUGCCCUUGACUCAUUGUGCCAUUAGGGUGGACCUCGCUCGCAUAUCCUUUCAGUCUUGAAGUUUUUAUUAAAUAAAUUAUUCAAAUUCAGUACGCAAUAUCUAUCCCAUUGUUCUUGACCUAUUGAUAAGGGCAAUAAGAUGUUCCUUUCUUAAUUGAAUGAAAUAAAGGCAGGAAAACGUACAUUUUAUAGUAUCUUUUGCAUGCUCAAUGACCCAAAGUAGGUCACAGCUAAUGCAGUGUCUUCAAAAUGUAGAGUGUGUCUAUAUUGUUUGUUUUUUUUGUAAAGUUGCCUAAACUUCAAGUAUUUCAUUGUGGUGCAAGCCAUGGAUGAGUAAGCUUCUGAGCGUGCUUUCAGAAUGAGAUUGAUUGAUGGGCUUUUAUUUUGUGAGGUUAUGGUGAAUAAUUUGCAAAGACUGGAGGGGAACAGCACACUUCCAUGAGUCCAUUCUUCUGUGAUAUGAUGUUAGCAUUCCUGUGCUGCCCCAUGUUAUAGAAAAAUCACCGUUUAACAACUGCACUUAGUGUUGGCAAUGUAAUUGUGUUACAGCCAACACAUGUUUUAAAAGUUUCCGCUUGAGAAACAGCAUCCCCAAUUUGUCAGUCGCGUUACAGUGAAUUUGCAUUAUAACAGAACAACCUGUAUUACUACAGUGAAGUUUGCUAGAGACCUUUUUACCUUUUUGGUGGCACUCUCAGCCUUCUGCAGUGAGUCACCUAAAGUAAAGCGACUAAUGCUAAACAUCACAGUGUCUUUGAACCUAAUAAGGAAAAUUACUUUGGACAAAAAUAAUUACUUUAUAAAGUAAAUGUAAUUACAUUGUUGGCUACAAAAGAAAUCAACAGCUUUAUAACAAAUCUCAAUAAAGUAUUUUAUGAACA